AGCCCUGCUGUAUUCGCACCGAAACGACACCGCCUCGCGCAUCCCACGCACACAGAAAUAUACCCCGGUGCCUACCUGUUCUACCCACACGUUCACGACAUGAGCCCGCCUGCGCCGCUGGAUGUUGACAUGGUGGGGGUUACUGAUACUUCGGCUGUGCCUAUUCCAGACCCGUUGACGGUCAAUGGCGUCCCGGCGUGGCGCGAAAAGAUGGCAAAGAUGCCCACCGGCAUUGCGGCGGCAUGCAGCAGUGAUAUGUUCAAGAGCAUAAUCUCUCUUGGUGGUGGCCUGCCCUCUCCUGAAUACUUUCCCUUUGAACACAUCGACAUCAAGGUCCCUAAUCCACCAGGGUUCUCUCCUGAAGCUACCCAAAAGUCCGGCUCGGUUGUACGCGCUGGAAAGAACGAUAUCAGGGAAGGCUCUAGUCUUUAUGAUCUCGAAAUUGCGCUCAACUAUGGCCAGGCUACUGGAGCUGCCCAACUACUCCGAUUCAUCACUGAGCACACCGAGAUGAUACUGACACUGGAAGAUCAUCCACAACCCCCAUACUCCGACUGGCAAUGCACCAUGACUGCUGGUAGCACUUAUGCUUGGGAUACAGCACUCCGUUUACUAACUGAGCGUGGCGAUCACAUUCUUAUGGAGGAAUAUACCUUUGCUAGUGCUGCCGAAACCGCUUUCCCGCUGGGGCUGAAGGCAGUCGGUAUCCCCAUCGACGAAGAAGGUCUCAUCCCGGAGGCCAUGGAUGAAAUCCUGAGCAACUGGGACGAGAAGGAUCGCGGCGCGCGCAAGCCUUAUGUAUUGUACACAAUCCCCACAGGACAGAACCCCACUGGUGCCACCCUGUCGGCCGAACGCCGUAAGGCCGUCUAUAAGGUCGCACAGAAGCACGAUAUCUACAUCGUCGAAGAUGAGCCCUACUACUUCCUGCAGAUGCAGCCUUAUGUCGGCCAGGGUGCUGCCGCACCGCCCCCUCCCGCUAACCACGAGGAGUUCAUCAAGUCUCUUGUUCCCUCUUUCCUGAGCCUGGACGUUGACGGCCGUGUGUGCCGAUUGGAGUCCUUCUCGAAGGUCGUUGCCCCUGGUACUCGAGUUGGGUGGAUCGUUGCAUCCGAGCAGAUGAUUGAGCGUUUUAUCCGCAACUUCGAGGUUUCCUCGCAGAACCCUAGCGGUAUAUCCCAAAUUGUUUUGUUCAAGCUCUUGGACGAGCACUGGGGCCAUUCCGGAUAUCUGGACUGGCUCAUCAACCUGCGUUUGCAGUAUACCGACCGCCGCGAUGCGCUGCUUCACUCUUGUGAGAAGCAUCUACCUACCGAGAUUGCCCACUGGGUGCCUCCUGCGGCAGGCAUGUUCCACUGGAUCGAGAUUGAUUGGCACAAGCACCCUGGCGUUGCCGCCGGUAAGACCCGCGAGGCGAUUGAAGAGGAGAUCUUUUUGUCUGCUGUGGAUCACCAGGUUCUCUUGUCACGCGGCAGCUGGUUCAAGGCCGACAGCUCGGCCGUUAUGGAGAAGAUGUUCUUCCGCGCGACCUAUGCCGCAGCAUCAUCGGAGAAGAUCGACGAAGCCAUCGCCAGGUUUGCAAAGUGCCUGCGCGACCAGUUCGGUCUGUGA